GAACUAAAACCAAUAAUUCAGGAGGUAUUCAGGGUGGAAUCACGAAUGGGGAGAAUAUUUAUUUCCGAGUUGCCUUUAAACCACCAGCCACCAUAUCCCAACCACAACAAACGGUCACAUAUGAUGGUGAAGACGGUACACUUGCCGCGAGGGGUCGUCAUGAUCCCUGUGUAGUCCCGCGCGCAGUACCAAUAGUUGAGUCCAUGGCUGCUUUGGUUAUUAUGGACACCCUAAUGAUUCAACAAUCAAGACAAACCGCUGCUUCGUUUCUACCCCCAAUAUCCAACCUUCCGCCCACAAUGGUGGGCGCCGUAAAAUCACGUGGACAAAAAAAAAUACGAACUAGUUAA